UCUGUGUACAGCCCAGUACAGUGGAAACUGUUUCAGAAAUGCAGCCUCACAGUAUAGCCCCUGAAGAGUCAGAUAUUGAGGAAGAUAUUUUAGAAACCCAGCCUCUCAGUACUGCCUCUGAAGAGUCAGAUUUCGAGGAACAUGUUUUAGACACCCAGCAUCACAGUAGGAUCUGUGUACAGCCCAGUACUAUGGAAACUGUUUCAGAAAGCCAGCCUCACAGUAACAUCUUUGUGGAGUCAAAUACUGAGGAAACUCUUUUAGAAACCGACCCUUACAGUAUAGAGUCAGAUUUUGAAGAUGUUUUAGAAACCCAGCCUCUCAGUAACAUCUGUGCACAGCCCAGUACUCUGGAUGGUAUUUUAGAAACUCAGCCUGUCAGUAACAUCUAUGUACAGCCCAGUACAGUGGAAACUGUUCCAGAAAUGCAGCCUCACAGUAUACCCCCUAAAGAGUCAGAUAUUGAGGAAAAUAUUUCAGAAACCCAGCCUCACAAUAUCACCAGUGUACAGUCCAGUACUGAGGAUACUGUUUUAGAAACCCGGUCUCCCAGUACUGCCUCUGAUGAUUUGGAUUUUGAGGGAGAUGUUUUAGAAACCCAGCCUCUCAAUACUGCCUCUGAUGAGUCGGAUUUCGAGGAACAUGUUUUAGAAACCCAGCCUCACAAUAUCACCAGUGUACAGUCCAGUACUGAGGAUACUGUUUUAGAAACCCGGUCUCCCAGUACUGCCUCUGAUGAUUUGGAUUUUGAGGGAGAUGUUUUAGAAACCCAGCCUCUCAAUACUGCCUCUGAUGAGUCGGAUUUCGAGGAACACGUUUUAGAAACGCUGCCUCACAAUAACAUCUGUGUACCGCCCAGCACUGAGGAAACUGUUUUAGAAACCCAACUUCAUUAUAAAGUCCCAGAAGAGUCAGAUAAUGAGGAAGAUGUUUUAGAAACCCAGUCUCACAGUAACAUCUGUGCACAGCCUAGUACUGAGGAAUCCUUUUUAGAAACCCAGCCUCACACUAUCAUAUGUUUACAGUCCAAUACUGAGAUCGAUAUUUUAGAAUCCCAGCCACACACUGAAGCCCAUGUACUCAACACUAACGCCUGUUUACAGUCCAGUCUUGAGGAUGUUGUUUUACAUACCCGACUUCAGGCUAUUUCCUGCAUUCAUACAAAUACUGUGGAACAUAUUUUUGAAACCCAAUCUCCCAGUAAUGUCUGUAUACCUACAGAUAUUGUAGAAAAUGUUUCAGAAACUCAGCCCCUGACUAACAUCUACUAUCAGUCAGAUAUUGAGAAAAAUAUUUCAGAAAAUGAGUCCUACACUAAUUUUUGUGUACAACCCAGUCUUAAGGAUAAUGUUUUAGAAACUGAGUCUUACACUAAUGUCUGUGUACAAUAUGUUACUGAGAAAUUGGGCAAAACAUGCAAACACCUCCCUCAAAUGGAACAUGAGGUCAUGCAGACAGCUCAUGCAGACAGCUUGGGGCCUGCUGAUUCCUACGAACUGAAGUCAGACCUCUCCGCCAAUGAGAUGGGAGAGAUAGGUCAACUCUCUUCAGGAGGCGACAACACAUGCGUUCUACAGAGUGAAGGGGUAGAGGAUUUUAUUGAUCCCCAACCUUCACACACAGAGUCGUUCGAGUGGUCAGACGAGGGUGUACCACAGAGCCAUGAAAACGAAAAGGAACUUUCUCUCAAUGUGACCUCUGACGUGCAUUUGAACUAUAGCCAGCCUCUACUCAGUGGUUCAGAUGUGCUGUCUGAAAUGGACAAAGAAUCAGCAGAAACACAGAGGACUCCUAACCAUUUGACAGAGUCUCAAAAUGGCGCAACAGAAGCUGCCCAGUCCCAGGGGAACACAGUGGGGAUGAGUGCCUCCGAUCUGGAAUGUGGUCUGUUGAGGAAGUGGGAAAUCGUGUUAGAUAUUCCACAAGCACAAUACCAAAAUGCCUUUUCUGAGCUAAGCUAUUUCCAAGAGUCUCCAGCUCAGUCUGAAUGCCACUCUGACACCAAUAACAACACCAAGCGGGUGUUAGAGUCAUGCGCUGCCAGUACUUUUGAUGCAAUUGUUGAUGCUCCUGCAGAGCAGGCCCAUCCAGUCAAUAGUGAGCCCCUAGACCUGUUCCCUGGGGGACUGGACAUUCACUCUGAGGAUGAUUAUGAGGCGGAAUCCUCUGGCCCACUCUGGGAAAGCAUGGAUAGAGGCUCUGCAACCUCCAGUGGAUCAGAACUGGAAGACAGUACCCGGGAUGUAGAGUACAUCUCUGAUACCUUGGAUUAUGGACCCCACUGUCACAUUCAGGUGUCGGGCCUGGCCGAGGGGUUUCUUUGUAGGACGGAUUCCCACAAAGAGAGGGAGACAGAGAGAUUCCAGGGGCAAGGUGGCCCACAGAAAGAUGAAGUAGUUGGUCAGGACCCACCCACAGUCAACACCUGCCUCCCCCCAUACAUGGACAUAGACUACGGGGAAUGCGUAGCCUUGGAUAACAUUGAGAGUAACCUGGACUCCCAGGUGGACCAGCAGAAAUCUGAAAAAAGUGACAAUCCACUUCAGGAGCCAGGCUGUCCACCUGACUCAGGAGGAAAAAGACUUGAACCCCUAGCUUAUUACUCACAGGUUGGUGGAGAAUAUUCACUCAUUUUAGAAAACAACAUGGAAGACAAACACACAUUGGAUAAAGCAAAAGAGAUCCCAGAUAGCCGCUUUACCUCUCUUACGACAGAGGAAUGCUGUGUGCCUUUUCAGGUCUGCCCAAUGCCAUUACAGAAUGAUAUUGAGACCGUUGCAUACCAUUACCCAGAUGACAGUUUGAGUUCAAAUUUUCUGACAGUUAACAACCUGGAACCUAUUUUUGAAUCGGAUCGCCCUCAGGAGAAUUCACUCUUGGUGGAGGAUGUGGACACCUCAGAACCAGAGGUGCUGGGGGUGCAAAGGGGGACCACUAGUGAUAUGUACUCACACCAAAACCCCUCAUCCCUCCCACCUUAUCACUGUACUACACCAGAGAUUAUGAGGAAUAAGUUACCAAGUACAGAUUUGGAACUACAGUCAAGUACCAGCUGCCCUGAUCUAUAUGGAAACAAGGUAACAUUCCCCACACCUAAUGGAGAUGUAGUUCAUGACGGCCACCACACCCCUACCAAGGUCUCCUGUGACCAAGACACUAUCAGCACCAACAGUGAGGAAAUGGAUGAUAGCAACUCCAGUCUCCACAAGGUCGAGAAGAGCAAGGCAACCAAAUCUGGGUCCGCAGGGAAGACUAAGUUCUCUGUCUUCUCCAGGAUACCCUCAUUCAGGAAGCGCAAGAGUUCGGCCCAAGAGGCUAAAGAGUGCAAGGCCGAGCUCUCAUGCAGGGGCACCUCUCCUGACAAGGAUGAGGGCAGCAGGGCAGAGUCACCUGAGAGCAGACCGAACCCUUUUCUCUGCAGCGCUCACCUGUCCUCCAGCACUGACUACUUACAGAGGGAGGGGCAACAGCAUGGGAACUUGGAUGACAAUAUCUUUGAUCAGGGCAACCCUCUCGACCAGAAUGCUGAAAAGGCCCUUGUCCAUGAGGGAGAGGAGGAUGGGUUUUGUCCAUUGGAACCCCGCAACAGGCAUGUCCAACAGAUCUACAGGCAAGCUUCUUGCGAUGGGGAUGCCCCCUCUUACAACCAUGAAGCGCCAGCUUCCAUGAACCCCCCUGUUGCUGAGAAGUUGGGCCACAAGAGGAGCAAGAGCUCAGACAGCCUCAACCUGCGAAUGAGGUUCACCCUGGCCCAUAGGUCCCUCUCCAGUUUGUUUGAAUCUAAGCCUCCUGAAAAGGAGGCUGAGGAGGAGAGCCUGAAGCCUGAGUCUGAGAAGCGGAAGACCAGGCAGUCCUGGAGGGUGCUGAAGCAGUCUAAGGAGGCAGAGCUGGAGAAGCCUGCUCUUUCAGACCCAGAACCCACCAGCGGAGGUAGAGCCAGGUCUGCUCGGCAGAUCCACAGUGACUAUGCUCUGCGGUCUGCCCAGGACCGGCUUAAGGGCUUCCCAGACUCAAGACGCCCUCGUUACACAGAUGCCCUAAAUAAUAAGGGCGUGCGGCAGGAGCCGCUGGAGGGCACCCCAGAUGAGAGCAAAUCAGAAGAUACAAGGCGACGGGUUCCACCAAACAGCCUCGCCAUAACCCAGCCUCACACUGAUGUCUGUGUACAGUCCAAUACUGAAGACAGUGCUUUAGAAACCCAGCCACCUGGGCCACCCCCCUGGGACGAUUCCACGUUUCCACCACUGGGGGGGUGCAUGCCUGCCUCAUCCCUCAACCCCACCGCAGUGGCUCCUCUGGCCCUCCAACUUGCCCCAUCUUUUACGAGGUCCUUUAGCUCCUUUGAGGGCAUGGAUGGUCCCCUUCGUCCCAUGAGUCCCAAGCCCCAGAGCCCCGUUCCCGGGAUCCACCGCCGGAGCUUUCGCUACCCGUCUCGACCCACUGCCAUCUCCCUCCUCUCUCUGGGUCGGGGGGUGAGCGUGGAAGGGCUUUCAGACCCCCCAGAGAAGCCCAAGACUCUGAAGCCCAGAGCAGCACAGCUAUCAUCGGCCAUCUCCCUGAACACAGAGUGCCAGCGCGACAACAUCGGAGUGGAUAGCCCCUCACCCAUCGGUCUGGUCACCUCCAUGUCUGUCAAUGAGUUUGAGGAUGGUAGUAGACCAGCUGGCCAGUUACUGGAGAAACGGCUGCCGGAUGUGGUGACCGUGCUGCGGGCAAAGAGCCGUGGGCAGGGUUCAAGGGGCCCCAGGCCUGUCUCCGACCUGGUAAACUGUGCCAUGCCCACAUAUGGAGAGGGUGAAGUGGGACCUACUGCCCCAUUGGUGGAGCAGGGGGCGGAGCGAAGGUCACAGAGGGGCCGGCGCAGUUGCUCAGACGACAUUCGGAUCGGAAAGCUGAAGAAGAGACAGAGGAGGAUGACCGUAGCGACACCGGGGAGCACAAGCUGGCUUAACGCGCAGGCGUCGGGAGAGGCCCAGGCUAGACUCUCCCUCAUCUCCAAUGAGGCCUUUACCUCUUUGGCCCUCAAAGACCAGUGCUUCUCCCAGAGCACCCCCAUUGGCCUGGACUGCCUGGGCUGGCCACAGCGUGUCUCCUACCAGGCGGUGGUGAUACCUGACGGGACGCUGGACAAGGCGGGCCUGGGGGAUGACGCGGGCAGCGAGGAGGACCUGUACGAGGAGUUCCGCAACUCCGGCCACCGUUUCGGCCACUCGGGCGGAGGAGGGGAGCAGCUGGCCAUCAACGAGCUGAUCAGCGAUGGCAGCGUCUGCGCGGAGGCGCUCUGGGACCAUGUCACCAUGGACGACCAGGAGCUGGGCUUCAAGGCCGGUGAUGUCAUCGAAGUGGUGGACGCCAGCAACAAGGAGUGGUGGUGGGGGCGGAUCCAGGACAGCGAGGGCUGGUUCCCGGCCAGCUUCGUUCGGUUACGAGUGAACCAGGAUGAGCCGAUGGAGGAGUACCUAGCUAAGCUGGAGGAGGCGCAGGAGGAGGACAGCGCCUCCACGGGGAGGCUGCUGGGCCCCGGCCUGCCCUGCAAGGAGCAGAUGAGGGCCAACGUCAUCAACGAGAUCAUGAGUACAGAGAGAGACUACAUCAAGCACCUGAAGGACAUCUGUGAGGGCUACAUCAAGCAGUGCCGGAAGAGGACAGACAUGUUUACUGAGGAGCAGCUCCGCACCAUCUUCGGCAACAUCGAAGAGAUCUACCGCUUCCAGAAGAAAUUCCUGAAGGCCCUGGAGAAGAAGUUCAACAAGGAGCAGCCCCACACCAGCGAAAUAGGCUCCUGUUUCUUAGAACAUCAAACAGAUUUCCAGAUCUACUCCGAGUACUGCAACAACCAUCCCAACGCCUGCCUCCAGCUGUGUAAGCUCAUGAAGGUCAACAAAUACGUGGUGUUCUUCGAGGCGUGCCGUCUGCUGCAGAAGAUGAUAGACAUCUCCCUGGACGGCUUCCUGCUCACGCCGGUCCAGAAGAUCUGCAAGUACCCUCUGCAGCUGGCCGAGUUGCUGAAGUAUACCAACCCCCAGCACAGGGACUACAGAGACGUGGAGGCGGCGUUAAACGCCAUGAAGAACGUGGCCCGGCUCAUCAACGAGAGGAAGCGGCGACUGGAGAACAUUGACAAGAUCGCCCAGUGGCAGAGCGCCAUCGAGGACUGGGAGGGAGAGGACCUCCUCAGCCGGAGCUCGGACCUGAUCUUCUCCGGGGAGCUGACCAAGAUCUCCCCGCCCCAGGCCAAGAGCCAGCAGCGCAUGUUCUUCCUGUUUGACCACCAGAUGGUCUACUGCAAGAAGGAUCUGCUCCGCAGGGACAUGCUCUACUACAAGGGCCGCAUGGACAUGGACCAGAUCGAGGUGGUGGACGUGGAGGACGGCAAGGACAAGGACCUGAACGUGACCGUGAAGAACGCGCUCAAGCUGAGGUCCCCCGGGGGGGAGGAGCUCCACCUGCUGUGCGCCAAGAAGCCGGAGCACAAGCAGCGCUGGCUGCAGGCCUUUGCCGACGAACGGGGACAGGUGCAGCACGACCGGGAGACAGGUUUCGCCAUCACAGACGUCCAGAAGAAACAGGCCAUGCUGAAUGCCAGCAAAAGCCACCCAGCCGGGAAGCCGAAAGCUGUAACCAGGCCCUACUACGACUUCCUGCUACGCCAGAAGCACCCAGCGCUGCCUGCUGCCCUGCCCCAGCAGCAGGUCUUCAUGCUGGCCGAGCCCAAGCGCAAGAGCUCCAACUUCUGGCACAACAUCGGCAGGCUAACGCCCUUCAAGAAAUGAGGGGACACGUGCUGCUCGUGCCUGGACUUUCUGUUUUUACCCUUUUAUGAUUUCUUCUUUUUUUUGGUUAUUAUUGAUAUUGUAUUACGGUUGCUAUAAUUAUUAUUAUGAUGAUGAUAUUUUUUGUUCCUUUGAGAAAGCACUUUAUAGGUUGGUUACAAUCAGACUUUGGGCACCAGCUCUUGGACCUUGUUUAUACUUUGAAGAGAACAAUUGCCGUCGUUUCUAGUACUAGGACUACAACCAUAGCACUACUACUCCGCUACUUCAACUACAGAUGCACCUGUUAGUACUAACACUACUACUACUGCUCCAAGUCAUCAUGUGAUUAUGCUAUAGCCUGCGCUUUGUACAUCAGAAAGACCAUGACUGAAGAAAGGACUUCUUUCAAUGUGUGUUGUUUUUUUUUAACAUAUGCCAAUUGUUCACUGUGCCAGUUAACAAGCUUUUGUAUUUGUUGUUUAAUGUUCAUUGCAUCAUCAGAAUUCAAAAAGAGAGAAAGGGUACCACAAAGCGCAAUUUCCCGUCUCUUCCUCUUUCUGUGAAUUCAUUUGUCUGCAAUGGACUUGGAGUGUCCAACCAUGAAGUUAACAUCUCUACGCUAAAGUCAAACAAUCCCAAAGAUUUCGUCCUGCAGAAGCGCACCUGGUCCGGAGUCUGACCCGAAGAAGUCCGUCACUUUGCCCCCCGUCAUGUCGUUCUCCAGCUGCCACUCCCCUGUUCCUUCCGAGUGGGCCUUCAUGUUAAUUUCAGUAAUGAACUUCUUUGUCGAAGUGCCAUUCAAAGCAUCACCUGGAAAUGUGAUGAGGUUUUGCAUGAAUUGCUGUGAACUUUGAGUUGAGAACAUUUUUUUUCCUCCCAAUACAAAUAAAAUGUCUUGAUACUCACCCAUUCAGCCAUC